UUCGGGUAGUACCUAGGUGCACCACUUAUCCUAGAGGCUAUGUAUAAAUAAGAGGAUUAAUUUCAUUUGUAUUCAGGUAGAUAUUUUUGGAGUGAACUCUGUCUCUGUAGGAGGGUCCAGGCUCUCUAAUUCCUGGUUAUUACAGAAAUACAACUCUAUUUCCAUUCCAUUGGUUCUCUUGCUGUUUGUUUUCUUCAUUUUGUUCCAUUAUCGAUAGACAAGGUUCUAUCAGAUAGUGACUGUAAUAAAGGGGUAGAAUAAUAUCUAUGCUGAACUGCCCAUUUAUAUUAAUGUUGAAUGAAAAAUUUCUCUAGAUUAGAAUGUAUAAAUUAGUUAUGGAAUCCUUUUUACUGAAAGAUUAGUCGCAAACAUGGGAAGUGGAACUCUAUUCAAAUGGUCAAAAAAUAUCACUCCUUCCCAAGUUGAGCAAAUGAUACGAGCUGAAAAGGACAUAAAGAAGGCCAUUCUUGUAUUUGAUUCGGCAACAGCUGAGUUUUCCAAUGGUUUUCGACACAAUCACAACACAUUUGGUCUCAUGAUCUCUAGAUUAGUAUCCUCAAACCGUUUCAGAUCAGCUGAGGCAAUGCUUGUUGGAAUGAAGGAGGAGAAGUGUGAUAUCAAGGAGGACAUAUUCGUGUCUAUCUGCAGAGGGUAUGGUCGUGUCCACAGGCCCUUGGAUGCUAUCAGGGUCUUCCACAAGAUGGAAGACUUUCAAUGCAAACCAACCUCAAAGUCAUACAUUACUAUAUUUUCUAUUCUUGUUGAAGAAAACCAGUUAAAGGUAGCAUAUAGGUUUUACCGGUAUAUGAGAGAAAUGGGUAUCCCACCUGUCCUCACUUCCCUUAAUAUUUUGCUGAAAGCCCUCUGCAAGAAUAGUGAAACAAUGGAUGCAGCUCUUCGUAUGUUCCGUGAGAUGCCCAGUCGUGGGUUUACUCCAGAUUCAUAUACAUAUGGUACUUUGAUUAAUGGGUUGUGUAAAUUAGGAAAGGUUGAUGACGCAAAGGAGCUAUUCAAAGAGAUGGAGUCAAAAGGAUGUUUGCCCACUGUUGUCACAUACACUAACUUGAUACAUGGUUUGUGCCGGUCAAACAAUUUGGAUGAAGCUAUGGGAUUGUUUGAGGAGAUGAUAAGCAAAGGUAUCAGUCCAAAUGUGUUUACUUACAGUUCUCUAAUGGAUGGCUUUUGCAAGGGUGGGCGUUCUUCCGAAGCAUUGGAACUAAUGCAUAUGAUGAUAAGCAGAGGCCAUAUGCCCAACAUGGUCACUUAUAGUUCUUUGAUCUAUGGACUAUGUAAAGAAGGAAAGCUUCAAGAAUCUCUUGAAAUUCUUGACAGAAUGAAGCUUCAAGGUUUAAAGCCAGAUGCAGGCCAAUAUGGAAAAGUAAUAACUGGGUUUUGUGAUAUUAAUAAGUUUCAGGAAGCAGCAAACUUUAUUGAUGAGAUGGUUCUUGAUGGAAUCACGCCAAACCGUAUAAUGUGGAGCCUUCAUGUUAGAAUCCAUAAUAUUGUUGUCCAAGGCUUAUGUACCACCAGCAACUUAGAUCGAGCUUUUCAAUUAUAUCUUAGCUUGCGUACAAGGGGUAUCACAGUUGAUACUAGGACAUUUGACACUCUGGUUGAACAUUUCUGCAAGAAAGGUGACUUGCAUAAAGCUGCUCGAAUAGUUGAUGAGAUGAUGCUUGAUGGAUGUGUUCCAAACGAGGAUACUUGGAGAUCUAUAGUUGAUGGAUUUUGGAAUCGAAGGAAGGUACGAGAAGCUGCUGAGUCAGUGCAAGCUGAGCUAUUGAGUGACUUCCUUGAUCCUGGAACUUAAUCCACAUUUCCAUAGUCAACUUGUUCCCACUUAAAUACUUAAUGAGAGAACUUGUUCCAUGGUGGAUAAGGUCCAACAUAGAAGAAAGGCUCUGGUAAGCUUAGUGUUACUUGGUAAUGAAACCAUAUUUUUGUUCAUACAUAACCGAAGAUUCGCAUGAAGUUUAGGAGCCUUGCAGGUUCACUCACUUGGUUAUCAUGGCACAAGAAGCUUGUUGCAGCCACGGUUGCUAAAGAAGAGACUGACCACAAGUACUUCAUAGUCUGUCUAAGAAGGGGCACCGUGAAACCUGUUUUCUCAAAGGUGGCAGAUUAACAGCCGUACUCGUUCUGAGAUAUUUAUUUUGUUUGUAAUUGCCUCCUUAAGAUUUAAUGGUUGAAUCUUUCCUAGGUCGAAAGUUUAUAUAUGCACUAAGAAAUAGCAAUACUAACAAUAUUUUCGUAGAUACAAUUUGAGGGAAUUCUCAACUUUUUUUUAAAGGUUCAAUCUGUACCAUUUCGACGCAUAAAAAUUGACAUUCUUGGCAAUAAAACGAGCUACACUAUUCGAAGACCUA